AUGUAUGAGUUACAGUCACACCGAAAGUUCAGUGCGCUGGAUGAGAUGCUCCCAGCAUUUUACUACUGCUACAUACUUUGCUUUCCUGUCAGCAACCAUAGCAGGGCCAGCAUAUCCGAGCUCCUACAGAAGUCCCUUUCAUCGCUGGCGGCAGAGCGGCCCUACCUGUCCGGGACGAUCCGCAGAGACAUGGAGAGCAGCGUGCGCAAAGGCCAUCUCCUCCUCGACAUACCAGAUCCCUUCGAAGACCUCCGCAUCGUCUUCAACGAUCUCACCGUCCCGACGUGCCCAUGGAAGGAUACAUACGAGGAUCUGAAAGACGCGGGCAUGCCGCCGCACAAGCUGGAUGCGAAUUUUCUGGCGCCCCUGACGGCCGGCCAUGGGGAGACGAGGAAGGUCAUGUCGGUGCAGGCCAACUUUAUCGACGGCGGACUCCUCCUGGCCUUCUGCUUCCACCACAACUUCGUCGAUGCGUAUGGAGCUGGCCGCAUCAUCGCUCGAUUCUCGGAGCACUGCAAACAUGGCCCGGGGGCGGUCGAUCUCCACAAUAGCGCUCAGUCUGUGAGGGAUGAGGACGGAAACGGAUCAGAAGGCAUAGUGGACAUCCUCGACGUCGAAAUAUUGAAGAAGCAGUACAGAUUUGAGGAUCUGGAGAGCGACCCGAACCUCUGGCGGCUAAACUGCCUCGAGUUCCGGGGCGUCAAUGCUUUCCGCUGGCCCGAUUUCAUCCCGGCUCUGCUUCCAGCGAGAAAGCCGCCCGUCAUCUCAAGCAUGUUCUCGUUUAGCGCCGACGCCCUGGCGGAGAUCAAAGCCAUGGCACGGCCGAGUCAAGAAGGAGCGUGGGUGUCGACCAACGACGCGCUGGUGGCUUUCCUCUGGCGCCACACCAUGCGCGCUCGCUAUCCCUCAUCGGUAAACGAAGGCGAGCCUCCACACCGCAAGACCAACGUCGUGGUGGCGCUCGACGGCAGAAAAGACCUCGCUAUUUCCCCGUCCUACAUCGGCAACUGCCUGUUCCACUGCUUCACCGAGCUACCUAUCAACACGGUCGGCAGCGCGAGCACAUCCCUGGGCGAUAUGGCGAUCCGGGUCCGGCAGGCCAUCACCGCGGCCCGGGACAGGGAAUUGCUGAAGACGGUCGUCGGGCUGGCUGCCACACAUCCGGACUGCCAGGCGAUCAAGUACGCCAACGAUAACCUGGGAACAGACCUGUACGUGACGUCGUGGGUCGACCUGCCUUUCUAUCGGCUCGAGUGGGGUCCGCUGCUGGGUAAGACAGAUUUCUUCCGCAUCCCAGACCGGCAGUUUGAGAGUCUCUGUUGCGUUCUGCCGCCGAAGGAUGGGGUCGUCCAGUUGAUCACUUCGAUGGAGGAAGACCAUAGCAAGCGGCUUCAUGGCGAUGCUGAGUUCAUGAGAUUUUGCAGCCUGUAG